GACCUUCUUCAAGCAGCCCUCCUCUAAUAAAGUCCCAUGUUGUGAGUGGGGUUUUGUUGCCUGCCUGUGGGCUGUAGUUUCCUUUCACCUCUGCAUAUGCCAAAAAGCGGAAGCUUGUGUGUGUCUCAACCACAAGCUUGGCAGAGGAACUCCGGACGAGUCGUGAAAGAGGCUUGGGGCCCAGUGAGGCUGAGGUGCUGCGGUUGAAAAUCCUGUGGUCUAGAUCCCCGUGGCUGCAGGCCCUACCCAGAUGGGGCCCAGACACCUCCUCCAGAUGGCCUUGCUACUUGUGGCCCAGGCUGUGCUGCCAGAAGCCUCGCUGUACUGCAUCCACCUUGAGUACUGGAGCCCUGAUAACAAGUCCUGCCGAAGCUGUCUGGAGCUCUACGGGCCACCUCCCAGUCUGGACCACGAGUUCGAAGAAAACUGCGGGUUCGAUGACUUCGGGAACAACUUGAGGCACCCGUUCAGAAAAUGCUCUUCUGGGAAGUGCAACCCGGAUGGCGCAGACCUAUGUCAUCCCUGCGGUGGAGGAGCCCUGGCCCGCACUCCCAGCUCACCAGCUGGCAGUCUUCCGUUCACAGCUGAGAGCAAGGAUUCUCCACCUAGUGUUGCCCCACUCUUAGUGCUGGUUCUGUUCCUGAUCUCCGCAGUGGCCCUCCUGCUCCCUUGGCAAAGGCUCAGGCACAAAGAAAACGCCUUCUCCUGGCCUGAUGUGGCUUGUGGAGACUCGGAUACCUACCCCUCCACCUCCUGGCGCUCAUCCUCCCCACACGCCCUACAGGCCACCGACAUAGAGAACCCGGGAAAGGUCCCUUUGCUUCCACUCCCCAGCAGGGAGCUACCAAGUCUGGCGUCACAGCCCGUCACCCUCUUGGAGGAGCUGAUCAUGCUGCUGGACCCUGAGCCUGGACCUGGUGGGAGCGUGACUUCUGGUACCACAUGUCACCUAGCCGCAAGAUACGGGCUGCCUGCUGCCUGGUCCACCUUCGCCGACUCACUGCGGCCCAAUCACUCACCACUGCGGGCCCUGAUUGAGAUGGUGGUGGCAAGGGAGCCAUCUGCCUCUCUAGGCCAGCUGGGCACUCACCUGGCCCAGCUAGGGCGGGAAGACGCACUGCAUGUGCUGUCCAAGCUUGGCUGAUCCAGGAUGCAAUGAACCUACUACUCAAUAAAACAAGCUUCCGCAUGAAGGGGAUUUCUCGCAGUACAAUCCUAAUUGGACCAAGAAGACUCAAUAGACAUUCUCCCUCCGCCCCUUCCAAUGUGCACCCAUGACCACCCAGCCACCUGGGGACAGCUCCUUCACAGGCACUCAGACUUCACCAGGCUCUAAAGCCUUCCCAGACCCAUUUACUUUGCAUUCUG